GCUGCAUCCGUGCCUCUGGGCGGCGGAGGCGAGGCGCGGGGCGCGGUGCCGAAACGCGGAGUGCUGUUGUUAAUUGGUGGUUUUAAUUCACAUGGUGUGCCUACGCUUUGUCCGCUUUUCUCUUUGGCCUCCCUCAGCCCUGGGAGCCCGGUGUGCGUGGGGGAGCGGACCGUGCGUUGUGCCGAGAGCCGUCACGGGUGGCCGGGUGCUCACAGCUGCUUCUGCGGGACACAGCACGGCCUCAGCUCGUGUCUCCAAGGGCAUGGAAGAAACUGGUUUUGGUCUUUCCUGCAUUGGACCCAGCUGGAUACAGCAACUCAUCCCUACUGACUGCACAGACCACAUUUUCUACUGGAAAUAAACAACUGCAAAAAUGUGUUCUCCUAGGCCCAGGAACUGAAGACACAUAGGACAAUGCACAGUGUAUACCCUGGUGACAUUUUGCAUGCUGUCACGUGGUUUUUGCCAUGGCAUCUGAGACUGAAAAGGCCCAUGCUCUUCUCCAGACUUUCAGCGCAGCUUCAGUUAUUUCUAGUCUAGGUUUGGGAAUAUUCUGCUUUGCAGCAGACAGACUUCUGCAGGUUUCCUUCGUUCAGCAGAAUGACUGGCUCCGAGCCUUCUCUGACAGUGCAGUGCACGGCAUACUGGGCAUGUGGUCCUGGGCCAUAGUGAUUGGACUCAGGAAGAAAAGUGACUUCACUGAAGUUACAAUGGCCGGCUUCCUUGCCUCUGUCAUUGACGUGGACCACUUCUUACUUGCUGGCUCCCUGUCAUUAAAGGCUGCUCUGAGUCUUCCCCGGAGACCACUCCUUCAUUGUUCUACUGUGAUUCCUGUUGUGGCUCUGACAUUAAAGCUUAUUAUGCACCUUUUUAGGCUUAAGGACUCAUGGUGCUUUCUUCCUUGGAUGUUGUUUAUAUCCUGGACUUCUCAUCACGUCCGUGAUGGAAUUCGUCACGGCCUCUGGAUCUGUCCAUUUGGAAAAACUCCGCCUUUGCCAUACUGGCUCUAUGUGGCAAUUACAGCAUCUUUACCUCAUCUAUGCUCAUUUAUUAUGUAUUUAACGGGAACUAGAGAAUUAAUGUCUAUAAAACAUGGAAUCCACAUUGAUGUAUAAGGAUGAUGUAUCAUAGUCUUCUGUAACGCACUUGAAGCCUAGUGCGUUACACUAGGCUGUGCUUGUCACUGGAAUGGUUUACUUAUGUUUCCUGCGAGUUCCAUGUCAGGCAUUUGAAGCCAGUAGAGCUCCAACGUCAGUUCCUUGUGAUCACAGUAACUUGUUCCAUAGAUGGCAUUAACAUUUCAUAUCUGUACAUUCCCCUUGUAAAUUAUCUAGUCUUCCGUUACUAUUCAUAUAUAGCUAGCUUUGAAUGAAGUACUGAUUAACAAAGUACUUAAUAUCACUGUAGUAAUUACAUUUUAUUUUGCUGGUGCCAUUCAUUUGAUCACCAUACAUUCUGGAUUUGGAGUCUGCUACAUUUCAUCUAGAUAGCAUUUGUAUAGCACUUUAAAAAUGAGAAGUUAUAUAUAGAUGCUAAGUACUUGAAUUUGGUAGUUUAUCACACUUCUGAACAACACCAGUUAGGCUUUUGAAGUAAGUUAUUUGUUUUCCUGCUGGGCUCUGGUAUUCAGCAGUUCUAAAAGAAAUGCUAUUUGUAUUUCAAAAUAUGAAGCUGUGGGUCUGCAUCAGUUUGAACACUGUUACAAUACAGUGUUUAUAGUAAAUUCUGUUCCACUGUAAUCAAUUGUUACUUGAUAUCCAGUUUGCAGACAGUUGCUGGCUGCUAAUUAUUAGAAAGGGAGAAGACAGUGGUUACAUUAUUAUGUGUGUCAACUGAUGUGCUUUAUUUAAAAUACAUUAAUUAUGAAUACUUAAAUUGGAGGUAGGGAAUUUAAAUAUUUAAGGUGUAUGUAGGGGAAACUUGUUUAUUAUAGUAAAACAUAAGCUUUAAGGGAGAUUCUGGAAGUUGCAAGAAAAUAAAAAUUGCUUCAAAUUUUGAUUAAAGACCUUACUACUUUACUAAUAUAAAGCAUUUUCUCUUAGGUGCAGUACCAACCUCACUGCAGAGUAAAAUGCAUUAUUGUUAUGGUGAAAUAGAACUUUCCUCAUAAAUAAGUUUCUUAAAGAAAAAUAUGAAUAUGUUGCAGGUUGAUAACAGUAGCUGUGAUUAUGCAGCAGGUUCAUAAGUUGAGCUGUGAGCUAUUCCAAGUAAAAGUGUCUUUUAACAGAAUUUCUCAGAAAAUGUCUCAAAGUAGAAAGUUGUUUGGAAGGAAUUGGGAGUCCUGAUGGAUGAAAAGCUGGACAUGAAUCAGCAGUGUGUCCUUGCAGCGCAGAAGGCCAACAGUAUUCUGGGCUGCAUCAAAAGAGGGGUGGCCAGAAGGGACAGGAAGGUGAUUUCCCCCCCCCUUUAUCUGCUCUCAAGAGGCCUGGAGUACUUCAUCUAGAUCUGGGGCCUCCAGCACGAGAGAUUUGGAGCUGUUGGAGCAGGUCCUGAGUAAAGUCACAAAGAUGAUCAGAGGACUGAAACACUUCCUAUGAAGAAAGGCUGAGGGAGCUGUGCUUGUUUAGCUUGGAGAAGACAGGGCUCAUGGAGGCCUCAAUCAUAGAAGUAUAGAAUGGCUUGGAUUAGAAGGGACCUCAAAGAUCGUGCAGUUCCAGUCCCUGCUAUGGGGAGGGUUGCCACCCACCAGAUCAAGCUGCUCAGCCCCCCAUCCACCUUGGCCUUCCAUGCCUCCAGGGUUGGGGUAUCCGCAGCUUCUCUGUGCAGCCCGUGCCGGUGGUUCACCACCCACUGAGUAAAGAACUUUGCCCUAACGUCUAAUCUAAAUAUACCUUAUUUAGUUAAAACCAUUCCCCCUUGGAUCAUUGUUAUCUGCCUGUGUUAAAAGUCAAUUUACCUCCUGUCUGUAGGAUCCCUUUAAGUACUGGAAGGCCAGAAGGAGGUCUGUUCUUUGGUGUCACUGGUUUUGACUUGGGUCUUUGGUUGGACCAACUUUACAGGAUUGUCCUUUUCCAGUUCUGAACCAUCACCUCUCAUCUUUCCAUCCCAAAGCUUUGUUGCAUAAGGGACAGCUGGGGGACAAAAGGGAGACAGUGACUCCUGCUCCCAGCAGAGAGGAGGUUCCAGUUUCCUUCCUCGUGCAUGUUUUUGCUGUUCGUCUCCUCAGAGUUGGAAGCUAGCUUACCUUCCUCUUAUAGGGACUUAAGACAGGGUUGUCUGUGCCACUGAACAAUACCACACAUCAGUCUCUCUCUGAUUCACAGAAACUAUGCUGCCUGGUGAUUUCCUCACACAGCCUGGCCACCUGCUCAGAAAGUUCAUCGAGCUGGGCACACUUGCAGCCAUGAUGUCUCCUUCACUCAGGCCCUAGAAGUUCUUCCGGAUUCUGGAGUUUGCCACAACUGGAGGUCUGGGCAGCUCUGUCUUUCCUUGGAGCUCUGGGUGCAUGCAUCAGCCCAUAACAGUUGUGGUCCUCCAGCCUGUGUUUCUUGGUUCUGAGCUCAACCACUGUGGUCACCACAUUUGUUUCAGUGGAGUGCAGCUACCUGCUGCUCUCAAAAGAGAAAAGGAGUGGGCUGCCCGCUGCGCUGUGGCCACCCUUCCUGCGUGAACUGCCACACUAUGCCCUCUGUGCCCCUUCUGGGAACUGCUGUCCUCACUGAGGUCUUCAGUACUUAAAGGGAGUACAGAAAAGUUGGGGGGAGACUUGCAGCGAGUAUAGUGAAAGAACAAGGAAUAAUGGCUUUUAGCUGAAAGAAGGUAAAUUUAGAUUAGAAACAAGGAAGAAAUCCUCUGCUAUGUGAGUGCUGUGGUGCUGGCACUGCUGCCCAGCGAGCUGUGGGUGCCCCAUCCCUGGAGGUGCUCAAGGCCGGGGUGCCUGGGGCCCUAGGGCAGCCUGAGCUGGUGGGGGGCAGCCCUGCUCCUGGCAGGGUUUGGAAAUGGGUGGGCUUUAAGAUCCUUUCCAACCCAAACUACUCUGUCUUUGUAUGAUUCCAGAAAUGUCUACUAAUAAUGGGUUUGGUUUAGUUUGGUUUUCACUGAACUUCAUUGCCCACUAAGGAGAUGGGGCCUUAAUUAUCCUUGUUAGUGAUUAACAGGUGGUGAAAGGGAAUGUUUUUGUGGAAGAGCCCAGGUGGGCGAGCAUGUGCUGGACUUACCAAAAGGUGCAGUGAUCAGGUGAUGUGUUUAUGUUUAGCAUUACUUAACUUAUACAGUGUUUAUAUUAGGAUAAAGUACUAAAAAUUAAAAUUAAAAAAAAGGAGAAGAAAGAACUGAUGGCUAACUACCAGAGACCUUGUAAGACUACAAAGUUCUAAAGGCUCUCUGGAGCGCCUCAGCUUUGUAUGGAAAGUGUUACAUCAUUUUAAAAUGUGCCUUCCUUCAAGAAGAGCAGUUGCUGCCGUUUUUUCUUCUCGCUAGAAAUCUAUGCUUACAGAAACUUCUCUGACUGUACAGGGCCUGAUUAGCCUCUGUUCUGCAAUUAAUAAAGAUGGUGGGCUUUUUGUUU